GGGCUAGCCGUCCGGCGCCCCUCAGCGCGGGAGCGCUGGCUCCGCCGGCGGAGAAAUGGACCAAUUUUGACAAGAUGUAGUACUGCAGCGUGCCUGAUAGAAUAUGUUCAGCCAUGGCAUCCGAACUUUGUAAGACGAUCUCUGUGGCAAGGCUGGAAAAGCACAAGAAUUUGUUCUUAAAUUACAGGAAUCUGCAGCAUUUCCCAUUGGAGUUACUGAAAGAUGAGGGACUACAGUACUUGGAGAGACUCUACAUGAAAAGGAACUCCCUUACAACCUUGCCAGAAAACCUUGCUCAGAAGCUUCCAAACCUUGUGGAACUGUAUCUUCACUCAAAUAACAUAGUUGUGGUUCCGGAAGCCAUUGGGUCCCUUGUAAAACUACAAUGUUUGGAUCUUAGUGACAAUGCCUUAGAAAUCGUUUGCCCAGAAAUUGGUCGUCUGAGAGCUUUACGUCAUCUUCGAUUAGCUAAUAACCAACUGCAAUUCCUCCCUCCAGAGGUUGGCGAUUUGAAGGAGCUGCAGACACUAGACGUUUCUGCCAAUCGUUUGCUAGCUUUACCCGAGAGGCUUCACCUGUGCCUUUCUCUGCAGUACCUCACUGUGGACCGAAAUCGUCUAUGGUGUGUGCCGCGCCACCUCUGCCAGCUGCCCGGCCUCAAUGAGCUCUCCAUGGCUGGAAACCGUCUUGCAUUUUUGCCACUUGAUUCAGGUCGAUCUCGAGAACUUCAAUACGUGUGCGUGGAUAACAACCUUCAUCUGAAAGGCUUGCCAUCCUUUCUGUACAACAGAGUCAUCGGGUGCAGUGGCUGUGGUGCUCCCAUUCAAGUUUCUGAGGUGAAGCUGCUUUCCUUUUCAUCAGGGCAACUAACCGUUUUCCCCCCUGCUGAGGUGAAGGCCGUAGGGACAGAGAAGGAUCACGUCCUGCCUCUGCAGGAGCUGGCCGUGAGGACUCUGCAUCACACCUACCACGCUUCUCUAAAGGAUCUGGACGUCCUGUCUCCAGCCUCGGUGCCCAGAAGCCUCCUGGAGCUGCUGCACUGCCCCCUGGGACACUGUCACCGGUGCAGCGAGCCCCUGUUUGCGAUCGUCUCCCCCAAGCUCUUUCCCUUGAGAGAGACGCCAGGGGCAGGGCUGCACCAGGGGAGGACAACUGCGAGUUUGGUGGCUUACUGCUGCUCCACCCAGUGUCUGCAGACUUUUGACCUACUGAGUUGA